UAUUCUUUCAUGUUCUACAACAUUGUUUUUCCUAAAACUUUGCGAAACUGAUAAAGAACUGUAGCCAAUUGUUGCAUUCUUCUGGUUAUGAUUUAUGAAGGAACUGUAGUUAGUUCUUAGUUGUUACAUUUCAGAAAAGACGAGGAAUGUCGUUUAUGCUUAGUGCAGGAGAAAUAUUCCAGUUCCUUACUUGAAAAUUUGCAGAAAGAGUGCUGAAACUUGAGCAAAGUAUUGUAUUGAUAGAAAAACUGAAGAAUUAGAGGAGAGAGAAACUGAAGUUCCCGAGAAUGGGGUUGGGAGGAAACGACUAUUUUGAGGAAGAUGAAGAGGAGCCUGGGACUUCUAGGAAGCCAAGGAUUAGAAAGAAGAAAUGCACACCAAGUGUUUGUGAAAAUGCCGCUGAGAAAAUUCUUAGUGAAAAUGGGUCAAUUGAAUCAGAAAAAGAAGAAAUUAUGGCUGCAGAGUUGUAUAGCAAGACCCAAAGACAAAAUUUUGGAGAACAAAAACAACCGCAAAAUGAUACUAGUAAGGGAAAAUUAUUAUCUGAGGAAAAUGAUGGUAAAGUUUUUCUUGAAGAAGAAAUUAUGGAGAAUCAUAGUAGUAAGAAGAUUAAGUCUAUGGAGGAAGUUGUAAGGGAUGAACAAGGAUGUGAUACAUGGAGGUGUGAGUGUAAUGGGUGUAAGUUGGGUAGGAAAAUGUGUUACCAACGUAUUGUAUCGUAUGUGUUUCCUGAGAUGAAGAAUAAGGUUUUGUCUGAAUCUGCAGAUAUUGUUCAGGAAGUAGGCUCAGGAAUCAGUAAGAGUAAUGAAGGAGACAAAGAAGAAGGUUUGGAUGAUGGAAAUGGUGUUAAGACGAGACAAAGCGAAGCUGGAGCGUGUUCUUGGUGGCAAAGAAGUGUCCAGGAAAUGCCAGAAGAAGAAGGACUGCCUCUUAAGAAAAGGGGCCGUUAUAUUGCUGAGAAGGGAAAAGAAGAAAGUCACCAGAGAUUCCCAUUGGAAGAAAAAGAACAAGAGGGAGGAAUUGAGAUUCCCCAAGAAAGGAAUGGUGAAGGAAUUGGUGGUGAUGAGGAGGUUGGGAGGAACCGGCAAAAGUGUGUGCCGAAUUUGGACAAUGCUGGAGUGUAUGAGUAUUUCGAGGAGGAUGAAGGGGAAGAGAGCAUUAUGAAGAAGCAAAGAGGUAUACAGAAUGUGGACAAUGGUGGAGUGUGUAAGUAUUUCGAGGAGGAAGAAGAGUGCAUUUUGAAGAAGCCAAGGGGUUUAAAAAAGCGGAGGGGUAAGCAGCUUGCAGUUGAGGAUGCUGAAGAAGAAGAGAGGAUCGUGAAGAAGCAAAGGGGUCUGCAGAAUGUGGACAAUGGUGGAGUGUGUGAGUAUAUCGUGGAGGAUGAAGAGGAAGAGAGGAUUUUGGAGAAGCAAACGAGUCUGCAGAAUUUGGACAAUGGUGGAGUAAGCAAGUAUUUGGAGGAGGAAGAGCAGGAAGAAUUAGAAGGAGAAGAGAGGACUCCAAGGAAGAAAGAGGUGGCUAUGUUGUCUUAUCGAAGAAGAAGAUGCAGAAUGGGUCAGAAGAAGCAGGGAGGUAGGAAGCUUGUGGAAGAGAUUGAUGAAGAAGGUAGGAAUGAUGGUAAAAAGGUUGAGCCAAGCCAUGGAAAGAGUGGGGAAAUGAACCAGAUUGAGAAGGGCAUAAAUGGCACUGAAGAAGGUGCUUCUCUUCCUAAAAGGCAAAGGCAUCCUUCCGGGGUUAUUGAGGUCCCCAUUCAGGAGAAAAAUCCAAAGUUUAAGCAACUGAUUUAUGAUGAGAAUGGGAUCAAGGUUGAUUCAGAUAUGUGUCAUCAGUGCCAGAGAAAUGACAAGGGACGAGUUGUGAGGUGCACUAAAUGCAAGACCAAGCGGUUUUGCAUUCCCUGCAUAAGAAACUGGUAUCCACAAAUGACGGAGGAGCAGAUUGCUCAGGGUUGUCCUUUUUGUCUCCGAAACUGCAAUUGCAAGGCAUGCUUGCGGAUGGAGGGAGCUGUAAAGAAUCAAAUGAGGGAUUCUGUUGAAAUUAGCAACGAAGAAAAGAUCGAGCAUUCCUGGAACUUAUUGAUGACUAUACUUCCAUUUUUAAAGCAAUUUGAUCAGGAAGAGAUUACAGAAAAGGAAGUAGAGGCCAAAUUUCAUGGUGUAACUGAAGCUGAAGUGAAAAUCGGAAAGGCUUCUUGCAAAAUUUUUGAACAUGUAUACUGCAACAACUGCAAAGCCUCAAUUGCUAAUUUCCACAGAAGCUGCCCAGAGUGUGCAUAUAAUUUGUGUUUGACUUGCUGCCGAGAAGUUCGUGCAGGACUUCUGCAGGGUUGUGAAGAGGUGGUAUUUGAAUAUGUUGACAGGGGUUUUCAUUAUCGGUAUGGCGAAAGGUCUCUGGAUGAAUUAAUGGAAAGCAGUAGGAAAAAAGUUGUCCAGUCAAAGAAAUCUAGGGGCGCUGGUGCUCCUUCUCGAUCAGAGAGAAUAUCUGAAUGUUAUUCUCCUGAGCGACAACUUAAUGAAAAUAAUGUGAAACCGGAAUGGAAAGGAAAUGAAAAUGGUAGCAUAAGUUGUCCUGUAUCAGAGUAUGGGGGUUGUGGUGGUGCGCUUCUUGAAUUAAAAUCUCUCUUGCCAGAUGGUUGGGUUUCAAAAUUGCUGAAGAAAGCAGAGCAGGAAGUAGCAAAGCGGGAAAAUGAGAAUUUACCUCAUGCUUCUAAUGGAUGCUCAUGUUCUGGCUCUGGUUAUAUGCAUGAUGGUUAUAUUGGAAGUAAUUUGCGCAGAUGUGCUUCAAGAGAAGGCUUCAAUGACAAUUAUAUCUAUUGUCCGGAUACCAGAGAUAUUCAACGUGAAGAUCUGAAACACUUUCAGUGGCAUUGGGCCCGUGGAGAACCCAUAAUUGUCAGGAAUGUUCUUGAUUCGACCCCUGGCUUAAGUUGGGAUCCAAUGGUCAUGUGGCGUGCUGUCCGUCAAAUUCAGAACACUAAGCAGUCGACUCUAUUAGAUGUGAAAGUUAUUGAUUGCUUGGAUUGGUCCGAGGCUGAUGUCAAUGUCCACCAAUUUUUCAAAGGGUAUUCAGUGGUUCAAUUUGAUAUUCUUGAUUGGCCUGUCAUAUUGAAACUGAAGGAUUGGCCACCUGAUGGUAAAUUUGAGAAGCAUUUGCCACGCCAUGGUGCUGAAUUUAUAAGAGCAUUGCCAUUUAAGGAAUACACACAUCCGAGGUAUGGAGUUCUGAACCUGGCUGCCAUGAGAAAUUUGAAUCAAGACUUGGGUCGAAAGACUUACAUUGGUUAUGGUCUUGCACAAGAGUUGGGCCGUGGAGACUCUGUUACCAAGCUGCACUAUAAUGUGUCUGAUGCGGUCAAUAUCUUGACUCAUACUGCCGAAGUUUCCCUGCCUGAUACACAACUUAAGGCUAUCUCCAAAGUGAAAAAGAUGCAGUUUGCUCAGGACCAGAGGGAAAUCUUUGGCAUUGAGUUAUGCGAAGACACCAAUAGAAGAGGGAGCGUGAAAUCAACUACGUCUCCUGCUAUUAAUUCCUUUUCUGGUAGCAUGACUACAAUUGGUAAAAACUGCCAUAACAUGGGUGAUGGUCAAACAGAGGGUAUGAGCGAUUUGGAAGUUGAACCUGAGCAUGAUGGCGGAGGUGCUCUUUGGGACAUUUUUCGCAGAGAAGAUGUCCCUAAGCUACAAGAGUACUUGAGGGCACAUUACAAGGAAUUUAGGCACAUUCAUUGUUCUCCAUUGAGUCAGGUUAUUCACCCUAUUCAUGACCAGACAUUCUACUUGACUAAGGCGCAUAAAAGGAAACUGAAGGAAGAAUAUGGAAUCGAACCGUGGACAAUUGUUCAGAAGCUUGGGGAAGCAAUCUUUAUCCCUGCUGGUUGUCCUCAUCAAGUUAGAAACUUGAAGUCAUGCAUAAAAGUUGGACUUGACUUUGUGUCUCCUGAGAAUGUUCGAGAGUGUAUCCGUCUGGCUGGUGAAUACCGUACUCUGCCUCAAAAUCACAGGGCCAAGGUGGCUAAGUUGGAGGUGCAAAAAAUUAUUAUUCAUGCUGUUGAUAAGACAGUUAGAAACCUCGAGGGGUUUCUUUCAAACUCAGAAUAUGAUUAUGACUUGUCAGACCGCUUUCAGACGGAUAGUGAAUGAAUUCUUCAGGACUGUUGAAUGAGAUGCUGAUUUGCUGAGUAACAACUAACAAAUGGAAAACAUUUGUUAUAGAAGUUGUCUAGUGAAUAUAUCGAUAUAGCCUGUGAUUAGAUUGUACAGAACCUGAUAGUCGAAAUGGAAAACAUUAUUCUCCUUUGCCUGACCAAUAA